GCUAAAAUAACGGUCUUUUUGCAACAAACUAAAAAAGCUGCUUUGAUUAACCUGCUGGACCUAGAACUAUUAUUGAACCCCGCCGCGCUGCUUCGGGUCUUUCCAGUUUCCACAGAAUUGGUCCCUUUCCUUCCCCCCCACCACUGCUCUAUAAUUAAUCCCUAUCUGCCCCCCUCUUCUCUCCAUCGUCUCCUGUCAUGAUCUUUGAGUGUCUAAACCCAGGGGUUUGAACUUCUCAACGCGAUUUCAUCUAUGCAUUCCGCCGAAGAGAUCUCCGACGCUACAGGUGCUGUGAGUACCGGCAGUGACGACACUCUUUCGUCGUCCGCGACCACAAACCGAAAGACGUCUACGACUGGCGCAAUUGGCGCAGAGGGCACAGCUGGUGUCAAGAAGGAGAAGAAGAGAAGCAAAUAUCGACAUGUAGCAGCAUAUCACGCCGAAGUGCGUCAUUCCAGUCUCACGCGCGAACCCAAUGUGACGGCAAGUUUCCUCGGCUUCCGCAAUUUGAUGGUGAUUGUCCUAGUGGCAAUGAACCUUCGACUCAUCAUUGAGAACUUCAUGAAGUAUGGCGUUCUUAUCUGCAUCAAAUGUCAUGACUACCGCAAACAGGACGUGGUUUUAGGAUCGAUCCUCUUUGCCCUCGUCCCGUAUCACCUUUUCAUCUCCUAUCUCAUUGAAUUGACUGCGUCGAAGCAGGCCAAGCAGGUCGUUGGCCAGAGAAAGAAGAAUGGUUCCGCGGAGGCAGCCGAGCGCGACCAGCGGACUUUCCGGCUUACCUGGUGGCUUUCUGCUUUCUUCCAUUGCAUUAACACUCUAUUGAGUCUUGGGGUUACCAGUUUCGUCGUAUACUUCUACAUCCACCACCCUGGAAUUGGCACGUUGUGUGAGCUGCAGGCCCUCAUCGUCUCGUUCAAGAUCUGCUCAUAUGCCUUCACCAAUCGCGACUUGCGCGAGGCAAUGCUCAACCCAUCUAUGGAGUCGGCACUCCCAGAGAUCUACUCGUCCUGCCCGUAUCCCCGCAACAUCACUCUCGGAAAUCUCAUUUACUUCUGGUUGGCUCCAACCCUGGUUUACCAGCCCGUUUAUCCGAGGUCAUCACACAUUCGAUGGUCCUUUGUGGCGAAGCGCCUGUUCGAGUUCUUUUGCCUGACUGUAUUCAUCUGGCUUCUCUCCGCUCAAUACGCGGCACCCGUUCUCCGGAAUUCCAUCGACAAGAUCGCUGUGAUGGAUUUUGCGUCGAUCCUGGAGCGAGUGAUGAAAUUAUCCACAAUCUCCCUUGUGAUCUGGCUGGCUGGAUUUUUCGCUGUGUUUCAGUCGCUGUUGAAUGCGCUAGCCGAAGUCCUGCGCUUCGGUGACCGCGAAUUCUAUACCGACUGGUGGAACAGUUCCAGCCUCGGAGGGUACUGGCGAUCAUGGAAUCGGCCUGUGUAUCUUUUCAUGAAGCGGCACGUUUUCUCGCCACUCGUCGGACGAGGGUGGAGUCCGCUCGCGGCGAGUACUGUUGUAUUUCUGGUCUCCGCCAUUCUCCACGAGAUGCUGGUUGGGAUUCCGACACACAAUCUGAUCGGAGUUGCCUUUGCGGGGAUGAUGUUCCAACUGCCGCUAAUUGCGAUCACGGCCCCGUUAGAAAAGAUCAAGGACCCAUCAGGCAGGGUGAUAGGAAACUCGAUCUUCUGGGUUAGUUUCUGCCUCGUGGGUCAACCUCUGGGGGCCCUGUUAUAUUUCUUUGCCUGGCAAGCGAAGUAUGGCAGUGUGAGCAAAAUGGGGGUCGCCGUCAUCGCCGUCGCGCUGGGCGCCAUCCCCGUCCUGGGGUUCGUCCACGGCAUCGUCACGGGCAGCACCAGGAAGAAGGCCCAAAUCCCCUACCCCCACACCUACGCGACCGUCGAACAAUGCAAGGCUGAUCCCAAAGCCGAGCAAUUCAACUGCGCCCAGCGCGCGCACGCCAAUUUCCUGGAGAACUCCUCCCAGACUAUGCUCUUCACGCUGGUGGCCGGGCUGAAAUACCCGCAGCUGGCGGCGGGCUUGGGCGCGGCGUGGGUGGUCUUGCGGGCGCUGUUCUUGCACGGAUACGUGUACUCAGGCAAGUCGGAGGGUAAGGGUCGGUACAGGGGGGGUCUGUUCUGGUUGGUGCAGGGUGCGUUGUGGUGGUUGACGGUCUUUGGCGUGGCGAAGGAGUUGUUCUAGGGGUGCACGGGUGAGGUUGGUGAGAGUGUGGGGAUGGGGAUGGGCUGCUGGUCCUGUGUAGUCUAGUUAAUGUUCGUAAGGGAAUCUGUUAGGUUUGCAUCUUUUAUCUGAGCAAUUUUGUUUGUUGGAGCUCUGGGUGAAGACUGAACGGUAGUAGUGGGGACUGGUUGUUGAGGGACUGGUGCUCAUUGUGAGGGUUGUUGUAAGUGUACAAGUAUCAGUUGCAAUGGUAAGUAGGUUAUGGUCAGUGGAAAGAUAUCUGGAGACUUGGCUCAGCAUCUUGAGAUACGAGGCUUGGAGCAGUGGCUGUCUGUAUUCAAGCUCGGCGGAG